AUGGAGGUUCUUUCUUAUCUCCGGAUGGAUGGAACUUUCAACCAAGAGUUUCCAUUAUCACUUUUGAGAGAAGGAAAGAAGAAUGAGUGUUAUUCCUUUGUUCUUAAGUUGUCAACGGAUCGUUGGCCAUUGAGUGUCAUGUUUGCCCUUAUGUCUUGUGUGUUUGGGCCAACAUUGGCGUCUUCAAUUGUCAACAGCUCUUUGGGCCUCAACACCUUUCUAGUUGGGAAACUGAUUGUGAAAAGGAUGAGUGAGGUUACCUUUCUUUGUGGUCAGCCGUUAGGUUACUACUCCUCAUGGUCACUCUUUGGAUUAUCCCACCACUAUGUAGUGUGGUUGGCAGCAAAACGAGCUUACCCGCAGAGAACCACCCUUUUUAAGGACUAUGCCGUACUAGGUGAUGAUAUCCUAAUCACUGAUACACUUGUGGCACAACAGUACAGGAUACUACUGGAUAAACUCGGUGUGACCAUUUCGGAGGCCAAAUCGAUAAUAUCUGAAACUGGUUGCGUCGAGUUUGCCAAGAGAUUCUGGGUCAAGUCAAUGCAAAUUGACCUAUCUCCAGUCUCUCUUCGUUUGUUGUUAUCUUGUAGGACGACUAUUGGUCUCUGUUCUAUCCGUAAUAAAUACCCUGUAAGUGUUUCUACAUCACAUCAGUUGGGUGGAGCGGGAUUUAGAGUCCGUUUGUGUCUUUUUUCGACUCAAUCUAAACAUUGGGAAAGAUUAAAGGCUGCCUGUUGCAAGCCAAAUUGGUCACAUCCUCUACCUCUUGAAUGGUGGAUUGGAAGUUUUGGAAACCUCAAUCCCUAUUUGAAGGAAAAGAUAGUGGAUUAUCUUCGGAGGGAUAUGUUCCAUAGCCGCAGCUCUUGGCACAUGCUAAAAAGAAUAAGUAAAUACCCGUCUCGUGCUUGA